AUGACGUCUACACUCUCUUCUGCGGCUGCGGCCACGACGACGCCCUGCGCAGGUCUCUACACGUUGCCUACCUACAAUGCCAACUGUGCUAUGCCCUAUGGCGGCAACCACACGGAAAUCAUGACCAAGUGCUGCAAGAAUGCCGACGUCGUCAGCUACCACGACAGCUGUGGUCUCUACUGCCUCGCUGUAGACCAGACCAUCCAGGACCUCUAUCUCUGUCUCUACGCCAAUGGCGCCAAGUACUCGGAAGUCUUCUGCAGCAAUGACAACAACGCCACCGCUUCGGGAGACAUUUCGUCUAUUCCCACCGGCUAUCAAGCUUCGGUCGUGGUUGGCACCCAAACCGACACCAUCACCUCCCACACCGGCACAACCCAUACUGGCACCACCGGCAAGACUACCACCAGCACCGCCACCUCUGACGCCACCAAGACUGCGAGCAGCAGCAGCGGCAGCAGCAGCAGCAAGAGUGCGGCCUCUGAGACGCGGCCACUGGCGAUCGUGAACACGCUGGGCCUCGCCAUUAGUGCCUUGCUCGUCUCGGCGGUUGCCUUUGGCGUGCAGCAGAUUUGA